AUGUCUUCAAGACACAUUAUACUCAAAUCCUCUCUCGGUUUAGGAUCGAUAGGGUUACUAUCCUUUUUCUGGAAGUCAGGAGGAAAAGCCACCAACAAUAAUACUUCAACUCCCCCCCUUCCUCCUACCUCAAACUUACCAUCACAACCUUCAAAUGGAGAAUCCAAUAAUGAAUUAUUCGAUCCAUCACGGAUUCAACCCCAACAAUUCUUUAAAUAUGGAUUCCCUGGUCCCGUUCACGAUCUUUCACCUCAUUCAGAAUUUAUCUCAUGCUAUGAUCGUCUUCACAAAAACCCAUAUUGGGUAAUUGAACAUAUCACUACUGAAUCACUUCAAAGAUCAAAAGAUCUGGCAGAUCGCAAAAAAUCCAUUUUCAAAGAAGAUGAGUCGAUACCAGCUAAAUUUCGUGGUAAGCUUCGUGAUUACUUUAGAAGCGGGUAUGACCGUGGCCAUCAAGCACCAGCUGCAGAUGCAAAGUAUAGUCAAAUUGCCAUGGAUGAAACUUUCCUCUUGAGUAAUAUUGCACCACAAGUUGGUGAUGGAUUUAAUCGCGAUUAUUGGAAUCAUUUUGAAGAGUUUGUCAGGUCGCUUACAAAGAAAUACGACGAUGUCCGCAUUAUGACAGGGCCUCUUUAUUUGCCUAAACUAGAUGCAGAUGGUAAAUACAGAGUCAGUUAUCAAGUGAUUGGUCUGCCUCCAAAUGUUGCAGUGCCUACACAUUUUUUCAAGUUGAUUAUUGGAGAGAAUAAGCUGGAUGAAGGGAAAUUGAGCUGUGCAGCAUUUGUGUUGCCCAACGAUGCUAUUGAUAUCAAUACGCCGUUAAAACUGUUUCAAGUGCCCAUUGAUGCAUUGGAGAGAUCUAGUGGGUUGGAAUUGUUGCAAAAAGUACCAUAUUAUAAUAAAAUAGAUUUAUGCAAGCAAGUCAAGUGUGAUAUAGUUGUACGCGAGUUCCCUAAGCAGGUCAAUACUGUUUUGGAAUUGCCUGGAAAACAAUAA